AUGAAUCUAAUCACCACAACGACGGUCCGUUCAGCAAGGUACCGGCUAUGGCACCUAGCUGCUUGCGGUCUUUUACUACUAGUCGUAGCACAGCACACGGCGGGAGCCGAUCUAAAGGAACGGGCCCGUGCCGCUUUACUGCUGGAAAAACCCAACGGUUCUGCCAGCUGCCAAGUGCAGCAGCCUCAACCCUGCCCACCGAGCAAGUUCCGUUCGGCGUCGGGCGAAUGCAACAACUUCAAUCACCGAUACUGGGGUGCCCGUGGUGAUCCCUUCAUACGACUGCUCCAACCCGACUACGCGGACGGCAGACUUAAGCCACGUACGUCGAUCGGAUCGCAUGCACUGCCCACGCCCGACUUCAUCGUGAAUCAGCUGCAACGGUCCGUCGAUGAGAAGGCCAUCCAUCCACACAUCACGGCCAUGCUGCCGGCCUGGGGACAGCUGCUAGCGUACGAUCUUGUGCAGAUAUUGUCCCCGAACUCGCGCUACCGUUGCUGUCGCAAUCAAACGCAAACGGACGAAACGCAGGACGACGUGGUGCAGUGUUACGUACGGAUGGGUGAAGGAUGUCGCGAGUACAAGCGAUCGAUCCCGUCGCACGAUCCUUCCAACUGCGAGUUCCACUAUCGCGACCAGAUGAAUGCAGCAUCCGGCUUCCUGGAUGGUUCGGGACUGUACGGCACGACGGAGAAGGAAAUUCACGCGCUGCGUACGUUCCUGAACGGGAAGGUAGACACCGGCGCCUGUCUGCGUUGUAACGAACCGGGCGCCAUCGGUGCACUGCAUACGGUGCUGCUAAAGGAACACAACCGCAUUGCCGAUCAGCUCGCAAAGCUUAACCCGGAGUGGAGCGACACUACGCUGUUCUACGAAACGCGUCGCAUUGUGAUGGCACAGAUUCAGCACAUCACGUUCAACGAAUUCUUGCCCAUUCUGUUGGGCAGCCAGAUCACGAACAAUCCCGAUCUACGGCUGGAGACCGGUGGCUACUACAGUGGCUACUCUAGUGCGAACCGUGCCGGCAUCUUUGCAGAGGUGGCCGUCGGUGCUAUUCCAGCCUUCCUCACGAUGCUACCUCCGGACAUGUAUAACGACUCCAUGUCGGCUGAGAUUCUGCUCUCUUCGCCGGCUAUGCAGCAAACGUUCAUCCCGGACCAUGCCAGCUUCAACGACGAGUGGACACCGAUUUCCCUGGCAAUUCAUCGUGCACGCGAUCACGGCGUACCGGCCUACCACAAGGCGAUCAAUCUGUGUGAAAAGCGCUUUGGAAAGCCAUUCGGCACUAAGCUCAGCUUCGACGACAUGCAGUACUUUGGACUGGGACAGGGCAAGCGCGAGGUGUUGGAGAGCAUGUACCAAGAUCCGGAAGAUAUCGAUCUGUUGGUUGGUGGACUGAUGGAGACUUCGGCCUUGGGAACAGUGUUCGGACCCACGCUAACCUGCCUGAUGGCCAUCCAGUUUGCGAACAUGCGUAGCAGCGAUCGGUUCUGGUACGAGAACGAUCUUCCACCGUCCUCGCUGACACUGCCCCAGCUGCAGGCUAUACGCCGGGUCACGCUUUCCGGCCUAUUGUGCGAAACAAAGGACGUACAACGGGCUCAACCGAAGGCCUUCAUCCGCGAGGAUCCGUACCUGAACGCGCGGCUUAGCUGCGAGCAGCUCGGUGGACUUGACGUUUCUGCCUGGCGUUCGGAACAGGACGACGAGGUGGAGGAGUACAUGCAGGAAGAACAGCCAACACCGCCCGAGUUCGAGGAACUCAACAUGGAUCUAAUCUCGAGCGCCAUCAACAAAGCCAAAACGAAGCUCAACGAACGCAAGCGACAGGAAUACGAGGCGUGGGUACGACAGGGAGGCAUCGAUGCCAAGUCUCCGGACGGAACGGCCGCAUCCUUCAGCAAAGCUAACCGAAAUGCACUGAUCAUCGCCAACACCUCACUGUUCUACGAACUGGCCACGAACGAGAUCGUUAACUCGCUGCAUACGCUGCGACGUCGGAAGCGCCAAGUGUUUGACAACAAUCUGGGCGGAUUCACCAGUGACGACUUCAGCAAUGCACUCCAAAGCGUAGACGUCAAUCAGUUCAUUACUGGUUCCAUCUCGCCCAUCAAUCUGGAACCGCAGUGUGAAAAUCUGGAAGCACCCUGUGACACGACAACGCCCUUCCGUACACUUACCGCCCAUUGUAACAAUCUGCGCAACCCAGAGCUAGGCCAAUCACUUACCGUAUUUGCCCGAUUGCUCCCUCCGGUGUAUGAUGACGGUAUUUCCCAGCCACGAUCACUCUCCGUCACCGGCACACCGUUGCCGAAUCCACGGUCCAUCUCCUCACUAAUCCAUCCGGACAUUUCCAAUCUGCACACGCGCUAUUCGCUGAUGGUGAUGCAGUACGCACAGUUCCUUGAUCACGAUCUCACUAUGACACCGAUCCACAAAGGCUUCCACGAGUCGAUUCCCAGCUGCCGGUCGUGUGACUCACCCCGUACCGUGCAUCCGGAGUGUAGUCCAUUCCCGGUGCCGCCACGAGACCACUACUACCCGGAGGUGAACGUGACCAGCGGCGAACGGUUGUGUUUCCCUUCAAUGCGCUCGCUGCCCGGUCAGCAGACAUUGGGACCCCGUGAACAGAUUAACCAGAAUACGGCCUUCCUAGAUGCGUCACAGAUCUACGGCGAGAACGGGUGCAUUGCGAAGAAGCUGCGCGGUUUCUCGGGUCGUCUUAACUCAACGAUCCACCCGAUACAGGGCAAGGAACUGUUGCCACAGAGCCCGGUACACCCCGAGUGUAAAUCGCCGAGCGGAUACUGCUUCAUUGCGGGCGAUGGACGUGCCUCGGAACAGCCAGGUCUGACCGCGAUCCACACACUGUUCAUGCGCGAACAUAACCGCAUCGUCGAGGGGCUGCGCGGUGUCAACCCACACUGGAACGGCGAUCAGCUGUACGAGCAGGCGCGGCGCAUUGUGAUUGCCCAGAACCAGCACAUCACCUACAACGAGUUCCUGCCGCGCAUCCUCAGCUGGAACGCGGUCAAUCUGUACGGCUUGAAGCUGCUGUCGCAGGGCUACUACAAGGAGUACAACCCAACCUGCAAUCCAUCGAUCGUGACGGAGUUUGCCACGGCCGCAUUCCGCAUUGGCCAUUCGUUGCUUCGCCCGCACAUUCCACGGCUGAGCGUGCAGCAUCAACCGAUCGAUCCGCCGCUGCUGCUGCGCGAUGGAUUCUUCCGCACGGACAACUUCCUGCAGCCCGGGCUUGUGGAUGAGAUUGCACGUGGGCUCGUAGCGACACCGAUGGAAACGCUCGAUCAGUUCAUCACCGGCGAGGUUACGAACCAUCUGUUCGAGGAUCGUCGCAUUCCGUUCUCGGGCUUCGAUUUGAUCGCGCUGAACAUUCACCGGGGCCGUGAUCACGGUGUACCGUCGUACAACAACUACCGCGCGUUGUGUAAUCUGAAGCGGGCCCAAACAUGGGAAGAUCUUGGUCGAGAAAUUCCGCCGGAGGUGAUCGCUAGGUUGCGUCGCAUUUACGCUCACGUGGACGAUAUUGAUCUCUUCCCGGGCGGUAUGUCCGAGCGUCCGCUACAGGGUGGACUGGUUGGACCGACGUUUGCCUGCAUUAUUGCGAUCCAGUUCCGACAGCUGCGCAAGUGCGAUCGAUUCUGGUACGAAAACGAAGAUCCAGUGGCGAAGUUUACUGAGCAGCAGUUGGCAGAGGUCCGCAAGACGACACUGGCAAGGAUCAUUUGCGAGAAUCUAGACAUUACCGGUGAUAUGCAGCGAGCAGCCUUUGAUCUGCCAAGCAACUUCCUCAAUCCACGAGUUCCGUGCAGUUCCAUGCCACAAAUUGAUCUCAGCGCGUGGAGAGAAAACAUCGUCCAGGGUUGCCAGAUCGGAGGCAAGAACGUGAAUGUCGGAGAGUCGGCCUUCCCAUCGCCGUGUACGAGUUGCAUCUGUACCAACGAAGGGCCUCAAUGUGCCUCGCUACGUAUUACCGACUGUGGCCAGCUUGCCCGCGAGUGGCCUCGUGACGUGAUUCUCCGGGACGAUGUUUGCAGUGCGCAGUGCGGACUGGUGCUACAGAACGCCUCUCCUCAGGGCCGUAACAUUCCGAUCAGCUUGCGGCCACCUCCUCAGCGUGUGGCACGGUCCCGCAUCGUCCAGCAGCAGACGGCGUCGCAACCGUUCACCUUCCAGGGCUUCCAAUUCCCCGAUCUGUCGCAAUUUAUCGGAUAG